AUGCCACGAUCGCCAACAAAUACCCUCAUAAUCACCAACUUGAGUGACAGCCUACUACAAGACCCCCGCGAAUUGAUUGAUCUUAUAUCCGGCACACAUGAUUUAGUUCAGCUUAUAGUUUUGCCCAAGUUUGCUCGGUUUAUACUCAUUUGUGAAUCCAGCCGAGUUGCUCAAGCGAUGAAAGAAUUAAUAUCACAUGACCCCAAAUGGAGCUUUCUUCGAAUAUCAUACAGUAUAAAGGAUAACAGGUUUGAGUUAAACAAGCAGGAUUUGCUUGAUGCAGCAGCGGAGGAAGACUAUUCGCACAUGAAUUAUUUGGAACUUCCGCAUGACCUAAACCUGAAACGCUUUCUAAUUAGUCCACCAAUGAGUCCUCAUGAUUGGGACCACUGGGACAAGCUUGAAGAAGGGCCAAACGAGAAGGCUAUUUACUCACCGGAGGAUUUGUCCAGUUUAUUGUGGGAACGGUUAGGUGGCAAUAUGGUGAGAAAGUACCAAGACGAUUCAAACCAAGUUAGAGAGGAAGUGUUGUAUAAUGAGGAUGGCGUUCCGGCAAUCGUUUUGGAUAAAUCGGAGAAUGAAGUGUUGGAAGAGAAGCUUCCCAGGACCAGCAUGCCGGUCGAUGAGGAGCCGUGA